CCUCUCACAGCCCCACUGCCCCAGGGUCCCCACAAGAGAUGUGCUGAGAGCCCAGCCAGAAGCUGCUUUUUGGAGAUGGCAGUGUCGCAGCAGAAUCUGUCCAUCGAGGGACACUUGCGUUGGCCACCUGCUGCUCGAUGACCUUCUUGACAGUGGCGUGAGUAGGCGCUGCUUCGAAUGAGCCUGACUAUUCCCUCUGCCAACCUCAGGCAGGUGCCAGCACAUUCCGCCUAGCUCCGGCAGGAAUGGUGGCCCAGAGAUCUGACAUAAAGGACUGGCUUUUGUGAAGACCAGCAGGUGAAGAAAUUCCUGUCUUUUCUGUUCUGUGGCACUGUGAAGCUCUUUGCUGUUACCAGUUGUUGACUGUCAAUCAGAUGGGUGGAGUGUGUUACAGAAAUUGGCAGCAAGUAUCCAAUGGGUGAGAAGAAGCCAAUCAGAGAGAAGGACAGCCCAGACGUGAUAUGCUCAUCCAAGAGAGAAGGUGUACUUCGAGUAAGGGCUGUGUGACUUGUCAGGAGGCCCCCAAUUGAGAGGCUCCCCCUCUGGGGUAUAGUUGUCUUCUCACUCCGGUGCCUACCACGUAACCAAAAAUGAAGGAGAACUAUUGUUUACAAGCCGCCCUAGUAUGCCUGGGCAUGCUGUGUCACAGCCACGCCUUCACCACUGAGCGACGAAGCCACCUGCGACCCUCGCUCCAUGGGCACCAUGAGAAAGGCAAGGAAGGACAAGUGCUGCAGCGCUCCAAGAGAGGCUGGGUCUGGAAUCAGUUCUUUGUCAUUGAGGAGUACACCGGGCCUGACCCCGUGCUGGUGGGCAGGCUUCAUUCCGAUAUUGACUCUGGUGAUGGGAACAUUAAAUACAUUCUCUCAGGUGAAGGAGCCGGAACCAUUUUUGUGAUUGAUGACAAAUCAGGGAACAUCCAUGCCACUAAGACAUUGGACCGAGAAGAGAGAGCCCAGUACACGCUGAUGGCUCAGGCAGUGGACAGGGACACUAACCGGCCACUAGAGCCACCAUCAGAAUUCAUCGUCAAGGUCCAGGACAUUAAUGACAACCCUCCUGAGUUCCUGCAUGAGACCUAUCACGCCAACGUGCCAGAGAGGUCUAACGUGGGGACGUCAGUAAUUCAGGUGACAGCCUCAGAUGCAGAUGAUCCCACCUACGGAAACAGCGCCAAAUUAGUAUACAGCAUCCUGGAAGGACAGCCUUACUUUUCAGUGGAAGCACAAACAGGCAUCAUCAGAACUGCCCUUCCCAACAUGGACAGGGAAGCCAAGGAAGAGUACCACGUCGUGAUUCAGGCCAAGGAUAUGGGUGGGCACAUGGGUGGACUCUCAGGGACAACCAAAGUGACGAUCACACUUACUGAUGUCAAUGAUAACCCACCAAAGUUUCCACAGAGCGUAUACCAGAUGUCUGUGUCAGAAGCAGCUGUCCCUGGGGAGGAAGUAGGAAGAGUAAAGGCAAAAGACCCAGACAUUGGAGAAAAUGGCUUAGUCUCAUACAAUAUAGUUGAUGGAGAUGGCAUGGAAUUGUUUGAAAUCACAACAGAUUAUGAAACCCAGGAGGGUGUAUUGAAGUUGAAAAAGCCUGUAGACUUUGAAAGCAAAAGAGCAUACAGCUUGAAGGUUGAGGCAGCCAACGUGCACAUUGACCCGAAGUUCAUCAGCAACGGACCUUUCAAGGACACUGUCACCGUCAAGAUCUCAGUUGAAGAUGCAGAUGAGCCUCCCAUGUUCUUGGCCCCAAGUUAUAUUCAUGAAGUCCAAGAAAAUGCUGCUCCUGGCACUGUGGUUGGAAGAGUCCAUGCCAAAGACCCUGAUGCUGCCAACAGCCCAAUAAGGUAUUCCAUCGAUCGACAUACUGACCUUGACAGGUUUUUCACAAUUAAUCCAGAGGAUGGUUUUAUUAAAACUACGAAACCUUUGGAUAGAGAGGAGACAGCCUGGCUCAACAUAUCUGUGUUUGCAGCAGAAAUCCACAAUCGGCAUCAGGAAGCCAAGGUCCCAGUGGCCAUUAGGGUACUUGAUGUCAAUGAUAAUGCACCCAAGUUUGCUGCCCCUUAUGAAGGUUUCAUCUGUGAGAGUGAUCAGACCAAGCCACUUUCUAAUCAGCCAAUUGUUACAAUUAGUGCAGAUGACAAGGAUGACACAGCCAAUGGACCAAGAUUUAUCUUCAGUCUACCCCCUGAAAUCAUUCACAAUCCAAACUUCACAGUCAGAGACAACAGAGAUAACACCGCAGGGGUGUAUGCCCGGCGUGGAGGGUUCAGCCGGCAGAAGCAGGACUUGUACCUCCUGCCCAUCGUCAUCAGUGAUGGGGGCAUUCCGCCCAUGAGCAGCACCAACACCCUCACUAUUAAGGUCUGCGGGUGCGACGUAAAUGGGGCGCUGCUGUCCUGCAACGCGGAGGCCUACAUCCUCAACGCUGGCCUGAGCACUGGGGCACUGAUUGCCAUCCUCGCCUGCAUCGUCAUUCUCCUGGUCAUCGUGGUAUUGUUCGUGACACUCAGAAGGCAAAAGAAAGAACCGCUGAUCGUCUUUGAGGAGGAAGAUGUGCGUGAGAACAUCAUCACCUAUGAUGAUGAAGGGGGUGGGGAGGAAGACACAGAAGCCUUUGAUAUAGCCACCCUGCAGAACCCUGAUGGCAUCAAUGGAUUUAUUCCUCGCAAAGACAUAAAACCUGAGUACCAAUACAUGCCCAGACCUGGGCUCAGGCCAGCACCCAACAGCGUGGAUGUGGACGACUUCAUCAACACGAGAAUACAGGAGGCGGAUAAUGAUCCCACCGCCCCACCUUACGACUCCAUCCAAAUCUAUGGUUACGAAGGCAGGGGCUCUGUGGCCGGGUCCCUGAGCUCCUUAGAGUCGGCUACUACCGAUUCAGACUUGGACUAUGACUACCUACAGAACUGGGGGCCUCGUUUUAAGAAACUUGCAGACUUGUAUGGUUCCAAAGACACUUUUGACGAUGACUCUUAACAAUAACGAAACAAAUUUGGCCUUAAGAACUGUGUUCUGGUGUGCUGAAGAAUCUAGAAGAUAGGUAAACAGGUAUUUUUUUAAAUCAAGGAGAGACUCGUGUAAAGCAAGCCAAGUUUUACAGAAAGGAUACAUUUAAUAAAACUGCAAGGACAUCCAAGUGGUAAAUACUGUGAAGUACCUUUUCUCACACAGAAAAAGCAAAUGCUGAAGCUGUUUAGCAACUUCAGGAGAGCAAAAACCACUCGACAUACAAAAUAUUUAAGAGAAGGAGAAGGCUCAUGGUGAACGUACAAUGAAGGGAAAUUGUUUAUAUGUUAUGAACAUCUAAGUCUUUCUUUUCUUAUUUUUUUUUUUAUUUGUCAAAGAAGCUUCCACAAAAUUAGAAAGGACGACAGUUCUGAGCUGUAAUUUCGCCUUAAACUAUGGACACUCUAUAUGUAGUGCAUUUUUAAACUUGAAAUAUAUACUAUUCAGCCAGCUUAAACCCAUACGAUGUAUGUACAAUACAAUGUACAAUUAUGUCUCUUGAGCAUCAAUCUUGUUACUGCUGACUCUUGUAAAUCUUUUUGCUUCUACUUUCAUCUUAAACUAAUACGUGCCAGAUAUAACUGUCUUGUUUCAGUGAGAGGCGCCCUAUUUCUAUGUCAUUUUUAAUGUAUCUAUUUGUACAAUUUUAAAGUUCUUAUUUUAGUAUACAUACAAAUAUCAGUAUUCUGACAUGUAAGAAAUGUUACGGCAUCACACUUAUAUUUUAUGAACAUUGUACUGUUGCUUUAAUAUGCGCUUCAAUAUAUGAAGCAAUCUUUGAAAUAAAAAAAAGAUUCUUUUUUAA